CACGUCGAUCGCUUCAUCCAACAGGCAACAGCACUACUCACUCCAGUCACUCUAGCUCUAGCUACUUGACAUUUGCCACGUCGUCUCCACCAUCGAUCCAUCGAGGUCGUAGCUCAGCAAGUCAUUCAUGGCAGGAGGCAACAGGUCGCAGGACGAGGACGUGCGCGUGGGCGUGGACCGUUUCCCGGAGCGGCAGCCGAUCGGCACUACGGCGGCGGACGACCUGGGCGGCCGCGACUACAGCGAGCCCCCUGCGGCGCCGCUGUUCGAGUCGUCGGAGCUGUCGUCGUGGUCCUUCUACCGCGCCGGCAUCGCCGAGUUCGUGGCCACGUUCCUCUUCCUCUACGUGACGGUGCUGACGGUGAUGGGCGUGAGCAAGUCCCCCUCCAAGUGCGGCACCGUGGGCAUCCAGGGCAUCGCGUGGGCGUUCGGCGGCAUGAUCUUCGCGCUCGUCUACUGCACCGCGGGGGUGUCGGGGGGGCACAUCAACCCGGCCGUCACCUUCGGGCUCCUCCUCGCCAGGAAGCUGUCGCUGGCGCGGGCGGUCUACUACGUGGUGAUGCAGUGCCUGGGCGCCGUCUGCGGCGCCGGCGUCGUGAAGGCGCUCGUCGGGAGCGCGCUGUACCAGUCCGCGGGCGGCGGCGCCAACGCCGUCGCCCCCGGGUACACCAAGGGCGACGGCCUCGGCGCCGAGAUCGUCGGCACGUUCGUGCUCGUGUACACCGUCUUCUCCGCCACCGACGCCAAGCGCAGCGCCAGGGACUCCCACGUCCCCGUGCUGGCCCCGCUGCCCAUCGGCUUCGCCGUCUUCCUCGUGCACCUCGCCACCAUCCCCAUCACCGGCACCGGCAUCAACCCCGCCAGGAGCCUCGGCGCCGCCAUCAUCUACGACAGCCCGCACGGGUGGCACGGCCACUGGAUCUUCUGGGUGGGCCCGUUCGCCGGAGCGGCGCUUGCGGCGGUGUACCACCAGGUCGUCAUCAGGGCCAUCCCCUUCAAGUCGAGCGCUCACUACUAGCUAGUGUACCGUACCUUGCUGCUCGCCGGCGUACACGGAUUUAUCUGCUGCCACAUCGGCCGCUCAUGGACUGUCACUCCGAAUGUAUGAUGUGUGUAACCAAACUUGCUUGAAUGUGUGGUUAGUUUUCGUUUUUACUACGUGUUAGCAUCCAUGGGAUGUGUCAUCAGUGUACGAAAUCGACUGUAUGGCUGUGCCCCCAAUUGUAACAAUGCUAAUAAGGCCGUAAUAUAUCAAGGCCCAUUUACAUGAACAUUCA